AUGAGUGUACCUGUUUGGGGCUGGGGGGACAGUCACUGCCUCGGGGUUCAGGACUCGCCUCCCUCACUCUGCCCCUCCCUCAGGAUGUCCAUGAGGAGCCCCGGCUCUGCCCAGCUGGCCCUGGAUGACGUUGGCACCAUGGUGAACUGUACUGUCAAGUCAGAGGGGAGGAAGGAGCACUGCCACGAGGCCCCCCAGGGCUUGGCCACCGCAGCUGAACCCCAGCCCGGAGAUCCAGCCCGGGCCCCCCAGGAUGGUGCUGACCCUCAAGCUCCAGCCCAGGACAGCAGCUCCCUGGAAAGCAAUGGGUCCCCAGAACCCAAGAGACCAGGAGGCUCCGAGGCUGCUUCUGGAAGCCAGGAGAAGCUGGACUUCAACCGAAAUUUAAAAGAAGUCGUGCCGGCCAUCGAGAAGCUGCUGUCCAGUGACUGGAAGGAGAGGUUUCUGGGAAGGAGCUGUGUGGAAACCAAAGAUGUCAAAGGGACCCAGGAGAGCCUGGCAGAGAAGGAGCUUCAGCUGCUGGUCAUGAUGCAUCAGCUGUCCACCCUGCGGGACCAGCUCCUGACGGCGCACUCGGAGCAGAAGAACAUGGCCGCUAUGCUCUUUGAGAAGCAGCAGCAGCAGGUGGAGCUGGCCCGGCAGCAGCAGGAGCAGAUCGCUAAGCAGCAGCAACAGCUGAUUCAGCAGCAGCAUAAGAUCAACCUUCUUCAGCAGCAGAUCCAGCAGGUCAACAUGCCUUACGUCAUGAUCCCAGCUUUCCCCCCAAGCCACCAACCUCUGCCUGUCACCCCCGACUCCCAGCUGGCUUUGCCCAUUCAGCCCAUUCCCUGCAAGCCAGUGGAGUAUCCGCUGCAGCUGCUGCACAGCCCCGCCGCCCCGGUGGUGAAGAGGCCUGGGGCCUUGUCUGCCCACCACGCCCUACAGGAGCCCUCCCAACCCCUGAACCUCACGGCCAAGCCCAAGGCCUCCGAGCUGCCUAAUGCCUCCAGCUCCCCGAGCCUGAAGAUGAGCAACUGUGGACCCCGUCCUCCCAGCCAUGGGGCCCCCACACGGGACCUGCAGGCCAGCCCCCCCAGCCUGCCUUUGGGCUUCCUUGGUGAAGGGGAUGCUGUCACCAAAGCCAUCCAGGAUGCCAGACAGCUGCUGCACGGUCACAGUGGAGCCUUAGAAAGUUCCCCCAACACCUUCCGUAAGGACCUCAUUAGCCUGGACACAUCCCCAGCCAAGGAACGGCUGGAGGAGAGCUGUGUGCACCCACUGGAAGAAGCCAUGCUGGGCUGUGAUGUGGACGGCUCCCGCCACUUCCCUGAGUCCCGGAACAGCAGCCACAUCAAGAGGCCCAUGAAUGCCUUCAUGGUGUGGGCCAAGGAUGAGAGGAGGAAGAUCCUCCAGGCCUUCCCAGACAUGCACAAUUCCAGCAUCAGCAAGAUCCUUGGCUCCCGCUGGAAGUCCAUGACCAACCAGGAGAAGCAGCCUUACUAUGAGGAGCAGGCGAGGCUGAGCCGGCAGCACCUGGAGAAGUACCCUGACUACAAGUACAAGCCACGGCCCAAGCGCACCUGCAUCGUGGAGGGCAAGCGGCUGCGGGUGGGCGAGUACAAGGCUCUGAUGAGGACCCGGCGCCAGGAUGCCCGCCAGAGCUACACGACCCCCCCGCAGGCCAGCCAGGUGCAGAUGAGCCCCUCAGAUGUCCUGUACCCUCGGGUGGGAGGCGUGCCCCUGGCACAGCCCCUGGUGGAGCACUAUGUGCCCCGCAGCCUGGACCCAAACAUGCCUGUCAUCGUCAAUACCUGCAGCCUCAGGGAGGAGGGCGAGGGCACGGAGGACAGGCACUCGGUGGCUGAUGGCGAGAUGUACCGGUACAGCGAGGACGAGGACUCGGAGGCCGAGAAGAGCGACGGUGAGCUGGUGGUACUCACAGACUGAUCCCGGCUACGUGGGCCUGGCCCUCCUCCCUGGGGAAGACCAGGCCCCACGCCAGCAGGCUCAGCAGCCCCACCCGGACUACGCUGGUACUUGGACUUGGGCAUGCCUGGGAGACGGGCACAGCUGUGCCUUUGUAGAUACAUUCACAAUGGGCGAUGCCCCCUCCCCACCACACCUGUGGGCACACCUGAGGAGCUGAUGGCCUGAGUGGGUCCUGCAUGGCGGUGAUGGGCUGGGCUGGCUGAGCUCCGUGGUGGCCCUUGGGGCUCGUGGCCAGGGGACACUGUAUGACCCUCCCCUCCUGCAGGUCUCCCCAUCCCAGGGGUAUGGCAGCUACAGACCUGUCCCGCUAGGGGCCACAUGCUUUGUUUCCAUUCUUGUCCUGGCUGGACCAGCCACCGUGGGACCAACACGCACCGCCCCCCCACCACAGUACCCCAGAUCGCUCCUCUACCACGAGGAUCGCUUUGUACUUUGUGCAAAAAGGUCUGGCUCUCCUCCAUGUCUCUAUCUUCUGCCAAGCCUUUCGUGCCUCUGGCUGGUGUGUGUGUGUGUGUGUGUGUACCCAUGUGCACAAGUGCACAUGUGUUUUCAUCUGUUCUUUCAUUGCACAAGGU